CUUCUCUUCUGACUCCGCCCCACAUCUGUCCGGAACCGCCUCCCGCUGAAGCUGACCCAGUGCGCGUCCGCCAGUCAGUCCCUCCGGACCUGCCGCGAGUCUCAGACUGCCGAAAUUACCGCGCGUCACUCGCCUCAACAGUGAUUCUGAAACUGCUUUUAGCUUCCUUCGCCUUGGCUUUCUUCUUUUUGUGAACAGCUGCUUGGCCCAUAGCUUAGAGAAAUCAGCCUUUUUUUCUCUCCCGCGAAAGCCUCCUUCCUGUGCUUAGAAAGAUGGGGAGUGGAGAGCCUAAUCCUGCUGGCAAGAAAAAGAAGUACCUCAAGGCUGCCCUGUACGUGGGUGACUUGGACCCAGAUGUUACUGAGGACAUGUUAUAUAAAAAGUUCAGGCCUGCUGGCCCUCUGCGCUUCACCCGAAUCUGCCGUGACCCUGUGACCCGCAGCCCCCUGGGCUAUGGCUAUGUUAACUUCCGCUUUCCUGCAGAUGCUGAGUGGGCCCUGAAUACCAUGAAUUUUGAUUUGAUUAAUGGCAAACCUUUCCGCCUCAUGUGGUCUCAGCCAGAUGACCGCUUAAGAAAGUCUGGAGUUGGAAAUAUAUUCAUCAAAAACCUGGACAAAUCCAUAGAUAAUAGGGCCCUUUUUUAUUUAUUUUCUGCUUUUGGGAACAUUCUCUCCUGCAAAGUCGUAUGUGAUGACAAUGGCUCUAAGGGUUAUGCCUAUGUGCACUUUGACAGCCUGGCCGCUGCCAAUAGAGCCAUCUGGCAUAUGAAUGGGGUGCGGCUCAACAACCGCCAGGUAUAUGUUGGUAGAUUCAAAUUCCCAGAAGAGAGGGCAGCUGAAGUCAGAACCAAGGAUAGAGCAACUUUCACUAAUGUUUUUGUUAAAAACUUCGGAGAUGACAUGGAUGAUGAAAAACUGAAGGAAAUCUUUAGUGGAUAUGGGCCAACUGAGAGUGUUAAGGUAAUAAGAGAUGCUAGUGGGAAAUCUAAGGGCUUUGGAUUUGUGAGGUAUGAGACGCACGAGGCUGCCCAAAAGGCUGUGUUAGACCUGCAUGGAAAGUCCAUCAAUGGGAAAGUUCUGUACGUAGGGCGAGCACAGAAGAAAAUUGAACGAUUGGCUGAGUUAAGACGAAGAUUUGAACGGCUGAGAUUAAAAGAAAAAAGUCGGCCUCCGGGGGUGCCUAUCUAUAUUAAGAACCUGGAUGAGACCAUCGAUGAUGAAAAACUGAAGGAAGAAUUUUCUUCCUUUGGAUCAAUUAGCCGGGCCAAAGUGAUGGUGGAAGUAGGGCAAGGCAAAGGGUUUGGUGUUGUCUGCUUCUCCUCUUUUGAAGAUGCUACCAAGGCAGUGGAUGAGAUGAAUGGUCGCACAGUGGGCUCCAAGCCCCUGCAUGUCACCCUGGGCCAGGCCAGGCGCAGGUGGUGAGAAUAAGAAUGCUCAAUUUGGUGCAGCCUUUAGCUGGUGCCUACUUAGUUUGGGCUACUUUGUGAUGAGGUUAUUUUAUGCCAGGCUUUGCUUUUCUUUUCUUUUCUUUUCUUUUCUU